AGAUACGACAGAAAUUAAGUUUAGAGGCGAGAUAUUAUAUCACUUGGUUCUAUUCCACGAUGAAUCACCAGACGAGCUCACACCUGGUGCUGCUUAUCUUGAUGGCGGCAAAUGGAUUUUGGCUAGCAAGUGGUCAAGUCGCACUCCCAGGCAAGUGCCCCAAUGUUACGGUCUUGGACACUUUCGAUGCGGAGGCGUACAUGGGCGUUUGGUAUGAGUACUCGAAGUAUCCAUUUGUUUUCGAGAUCGGCAAGAAAUGCAUAUACGCCAACUACAGUAUCAUCGACAACAAUACAGUGUCUGUGGUGAAUGCAGCUAUCAAUCGAUUCACUGGCAAACCAUCGAAUGUCACUGGACAGGCAAAAGUGCUUGGACCUGGUCAACUGGCAGUGGCUUUUUACCCGGGCCAGUCAUUGACGCAGGCUAACUAUAUAAUAUUGGGCACCGAUUAUGAAUCUUAUGCCGUCGUCUACAGCUGCACAAGUCUAGGGCCCAUUGCGAAUAUAAAACUCGUUUGGAUCUUAACUCGUCAGCGUGAGCCUUCAGCGGAGACUGUUGAUGUGGCCAAGAAGAUCUUGGACGACAAUGGGAUUUCGCAGACAUUCCUCAUGGACACAAUUCAGAAGAAGUGCCCCCAGCUGGAGGGCAAUGGCACUGAGUUGGCCGGAGAUGACGACCUCGACGUGGAUGACUUUGUGACCACUGUGGUGCCAGAAGCCAUCCAAAAGGCAUGAGAAUGGCUAAGACGCUUCUACGAGCGUCUCUACGAUAUUUUCAUGAACUUUCUGAACUACUAAACUUGUUAAUAUUUGUUAAUAUAUCGCUAGGUAACUGUUUUUGAGGGGAAUUAAAACGAAUAUAUUCGAUGAAAGCAUUA